AUGCAAGCAAACUCGUCACACGGCAAAAAUAUGGAAGUCCUCAUCCAAAAUAAAGCAAAGAAUUCAACAAUAGAAAUGGACAAAGCAGUAAUUGAAGCAAUAUCAGGCAAACAUGCUCCGGUGAGAAUCAGUAAAAUAAAUAUGACAUUUAGCCGAAUUGCAAGCACAGCAAGCUGGUUUGGAACUAGAGGGAAAUCUGUUAAUCGUCUCCUUGAACGAGUCAGAACAGAGAAAAACGUCAAUAUUUCCAACCACCGAAACGAGACACCUCUGAUAAUUGCAAGCCAACUGGGAGCCUAUAGCUUCGCAAGUUUAAUACUUACGCAGAAGGCUUCAAUUAACAUUCAAGACGAAAAAGGAUAUUCAGCACUCCACUACGCCAUCGAAGCAAAUGCGCACAAAUUAGUGCUUGAAUUAUUAAGAAAUGGCGCAGACGUGAACGCUCGUACAAAAGAAGGAAACACCCCCAUGCAUAUUGCAGUGCAACUAAACAACAUAGAAAUUGGACGAGCAGUAAGGAAGAAUCGAUAUUUCAAUUCGACAAUAUUAAACAACGAAGGAGACGCGCUGAUACUAGCGGUCAAACAAAAUAAAAUAAAAAUGUUGCACAUCCUAUUGAUAUCAUCCGAGAACUACAACAAACAGGACAAAGAAGGAAAAACGCCAUUGCAUUACGCAUGCAUGAAUGCUAGCCCUUGCAUUCUACACAAGCUUCUAGAUAAAACCCAAGGAUCAAUUAAAGACGUUUACGGGGACAUCCCCUUGACAAUUGCCAUUAAGUACAACAACGAAAGAGCAGUGGACAUGUUGUGGCAUAGUGUUCACUUUGAUGCAUCAACAAGAGACAAUCAACAAAAUACGCUGAUUCACAUGGCCUGCCGCCACGAAAACAUAUCACUUUUAAAAAUAAUUUCCUCUCGCACAACAGACUUCAACGCGAGAAAUAUGUAUGACGAAACACCUCUUCACAUCGCAUGCUCUGUCAACAAUCUAACGGCAAUAAAAAUGCUAAAAGAAAAAUACGUGGACAGAAACGCCAUUGAUGUGAGAGGACAAACACGGUUAAUCAUAACGGCAAGUUUUAAUUACACAGAAGCAACAAAGGAACUGUUCGACGACACAAACACGCCAGUCGAUCCUAUUUUUUUAAAUGAUGACUUCAAUUCGACUGAUGUAAUCAUCGUAAAUGGCGAACCUGUCAACAUAGAAACGUGUAUUCUACUAGACGCCACAGACGAAAGUGGAAACACGGCCUUGCACCACUGUUCCCUUUUUGGAAAUAAAGAACUGGCCAGUUUCCUCAUCCACAAAGGCGCAAGAAUAACAGUACUCAACUACGAACCCAGAUAG